AUGAGGAUAUCACAUUCACGAUAUGACCCAUUUAGUAAUGGGUUUAAGGACCCAUUAUGUAAUGGGUUUAAUGACCCAUUAUGUAAUGGGUUUAAGGACCCAUUAUGUAAUGGGUUUAAUGACCUAUUAUGCAAUGGGUUUAAUGACCCAUUAUGCAAUGGGUUUAAUGACCUAUUAUGCAAUGGGUUUAAUGACCCAUUUAGUAAUGGGUUUAAUGACCCAUUUAGUAAUGGGUUUAAUGACCCAUUUAGUAAUGGGUUUAAGGACCCAUUAUGUAAUGGGAUUAAUGACCCAUUAUGUAAUGGGUUUAAGGACCCAUUAUGUAAUGGGUUUAAUGACCUAUUAUGCAAUGGGUUUAAUGACCCAUUAUGCAAUGGGUUUAAUGACCUAUUAUGCAAUGGGUUUAAUGACCCAUUUAGUAAUGGGUUUAAGGACCCAUUAUGUAAUGGGUUUAAUGACCCAUUAUGUAAUGGGUUUAAUGACCCAUUAUGUAAUGGGUUUAAUGGCCCAUUAUGUAAUGGGUUUAAGGACCCAUUAUGUAAUGGGUUUAAGGACCCAUUAUGUAAUGGGUUUAAGGACCCAUUAUGUAAUGGGUUUAAGGACCCAUUAUGUAAUGGGUUUAAUGACCCAUUAUGCAAUGGGUUUAAUGACCCAUUAUGUAAUGGGUUUAAGGACCCAUUAUGUAAUGGGUUUAAGGACCCAUUAUGUAAUGGGUUUAAGGACCCAUUAUGUAAUGGGUUUAAUGACCCAUUAUGCAAUGGGUUUAAGGACCCAUUAUGUAAUGGGUUUAAGGACCCAUUAUGUAAUGGGUUUAAAGACCCAUUAUGUAAUGGGUUUAAGGACCCAUUAUGUAAUGGGUUUAAGGACCCAUUAUGUAAUGGGUUUAAGGACCCAUUAUGUAAUGGGUUUAAUGACCCAUUAUGCAAUGGGUUUAAUGACCCAUUUAGUAAUGGGUUUAAUGACCCAUUAUGUAAUGGGUUUAAUGACCCAUUAUGUAAUGGGUUUAAGGACCCAUUAUGUAAUGGGUUUAAGGACCCAUUAUGUAAUGGGUUUAAGGACCCAUUAUGUAAUGGGUUUAAGGACCCAUUAUGUAAUGGGUUUAAUGACCUAUUAUGCAAUGGGUUUAAUGACCCAUUUAGUAAUGGGUUUAAGGACCCAUUAUGUAAUGGUUUUAAGGACCCAUUAUGCAAUGGGUUUAAAGACCCAUUAUGCAAUGGGUUUAAAGACCCAUUAUGCAAUGGGUUUAAUGACCCAUUAUGCAAUGGGUUUAAAGACCCAUUAUGCAAUGGGUUUAAAGACCCAUUAUGCAAUGGGUUUAAUGACCCAUUAUGUAAUGGGUUUAAUGGUUGUAAUGACCAGCAGCAAGAGUGA